CGCAAUUACGAACGUGUGUGUAUGUUGUACCUGUAGCUACCACACACAAUAAGUGUCUGCGUUGUGUUGGAAUUUGUUGCGCAUUUCAAGUUUAAGUGAGCGUAAAGAGAUAUAAAUAAAGUGCACGAAAAGAUUCAGCAGCAUUUAGUUGCUUUGUGUGGAUGCGGAUCACUAACAAGUUUGUGCCAUGGAACAUGACAUAUCAGGACAAAAACGGCGUCGUGAUAGGAUAGAUACGAUUGAAGAAGAUGUUACAAAUACUUAUCCUAGCAUGCCACGAAAAAUUGGAAUGAUAGCUCAGUUGAGUGUUAAGAAAAAGACUGACCACCAACCCCAACAUAUAACUAGAACCGCUUACUCAAGAAAAAAGAAAAACAGCUUCAAACAAACCAACUCCGACAAUAGUGAAACAUGCCGACGCCUCUUGCCGGUGUUUUGGGCCAUUCUAGUUAUCGUAAUCCUAACUGCUGGCUUGGCAGUUGCUUUAACACAGUCAACAGUAGUGGGAUGGUCUUUGGUCGGGGUUGGUUUUUUCUUCGCAAUUCUGGGGUUGGUUCUUUCGCGUUAUGUUAAGUUUCAAAGAAAAAAAAGCUCAAGUUCAGCUUUGCGUGACGAUGCUUUCCAAAUGAAAUUUUAUCAUACCGACAUAAGAGAUUUUCCAACCGACCCCGUAUUACAACGGGGAAUAACUGAACUUUUUUAUCACGGACAAUCUGAUUGCGAUAUAUGCAGGUCGUUAAGGCAUGAAGAAGCAAUUUCAUCAUUUUCAACAUAUGAUGAACAACACCACCAUCAUAACUAUGAUAGGCUACCCCCGCAAACCUACGGAGAUAUUCCACACAGCAGUAAGGAACAAAGCGAAACGACGCCAGAAUUAAAUGCAAAGAACCAUGAGCCAGACGUAUUCGUGGAACCGCAAACAACAUACGACGAAACGCACACUGAGGUCGGAAGCCCAGAAUUACAAACUAAAUCCACAGACACACAAGAAGACGCAGGAGAUGAAAUGUCUACCUCCUCUACGUCACCAAACUUAAACAGUAACAGUAACAAUAACAAUAAAAUAUCGGGGAAAUGA